AAGCCUGGGAUGGACUAAGGUCGGAGAAGAAGAGCCGUGGCGAGGGCCAGGAUUUCUACUUCUUUUGCAGAGCCUGUUGCCGAUUGAUCGCCAUCGCCGAUGCAUGCGUGCUCGGAACUCCAUUUUUAUCCUCUCUUCCCGGCGCCGCUCUCUUCUCUUACUUCUCUUCUGAAUUCGUCCAGGCGGCCGUCCCUCGACGCGUACCCUAACACCUUAGGGUUAGUUUGUGUUUUGUUUUUGGAUUUCGCUUGGACUGUUGCGGGGCUGCAAGUACGGCGAUUUUCACGAUCUCGCGCAGGAGCUGUGGGAUUGUGAGUCUAAUGGCUUCAGGAGUGAUACUCACAAGUAGAUGAUGAGUCUGGUGCAUAAGUGGCUGCUCUAAUCAUUCAACUGAAGGUGAAGGUGGUGAAAACGAGGUCCCUCAAGUGGGGGGGAAUUGCUAGGGAGGGGAAUGGAUAUCGCGGUAUUGGAUGAUAUUAUUGUGCGGCUGCUCGAGGUGCGGACUGGGAGGCCGGGCAAGCAAGUGCAGCUGUCGGAGGCUGAAAUCCGUCAGCUCUGUGUUGCAUCGAAGGACAUAUUUUUGUCCCAGCCUAAUCUUCUCGAGCUCGAGGCUCCAAUUAAGAUUUGUGGUGAUAUCCAUGGUCAAUAUUCUGACCUCUUGAGGUUGUUCGAAUAUGGUGGCUUCCCACCUGAGGCUAAUUACCUAUUUUUAGGGGAUUAUGUUGACAGAGGAAAACAGAGUCUAGAAACUAUCUGUCUUCUUUUGGCAUAUAAAAUCAAGUACCCAGAGAACUUCUUUUUGUUAAGAGGUAACCACGAAUGCGCAUCAAUCAAUCGGAUAUACGGCUUCUACGAUGAAUGUAAACGUCGUUUCAACAUCCGGCUGUGGAAGACGUUUACGGAUUGUUUCAAUUGCUUGCCCGUGGCUGCUUUAAUUGAUGAGAAGAUUCUUUGCAUGCAUGGAGGCCUCUCUCCAGAUCUCAAGAACUUGGACCAGAUUAAGAAGAUUGCACGACCUACAGAUGUUCCCGAUGCAGGCUUGUUGUGUGACCUUCUAUGGGCGGACCCUGAUAAAGAUGUGGCGACGUGGGGAGACAAUGACCGAGGAGUCUCCUAUACAUUUGGUCCAGACACUGUCUCAGAGUUUCUACAAACCCACGACUUGGAUCUCAUCUGUCGAGCCCAUCAAGUAGUAGAGGAUGGUUAUGAAUUUUUCGCUAAGCGCCAACUGGUUACCAUUUUUUCUGCUCCAAAUUAUUGUGGUGAAUUUGAUAAUGCGGGUGCAAUGAUGAGUGUGGACGAUACUCUCAUGUGCUCGUUUCAGAUCCUAAAACCAGCAGAAAAGAAACAAAAGUUUGUUUCAUACGGAAAUAAUGCCUCACGACCUGGAACCCCGCCUCGUGUAGUUAAGGUCAGCAGAUUUUGAAGCUUAAGAAGUUGGGAUAAUAUCGGAUGAUGGACAUGAGCGUGAGAAACAAAGUUAUUAAAAUGAGCACUUAAAAAAGCUGGUGCCUUAUUUUCUUGAGGCUCAGAUGAUGGAUGGCAGCGACUGAGUGUGGACUUGCUCUUUGGGAUAGCCUUACCAAGUGGGUUACUAAGCAGUUCGCUGCAGAGCUGGACUUUGUGGCGAGCAGGUUGUUGGGCAUGAUCUCGGAGCCGUACACAUGCGUAUGCAUGCAAUGCACACACAAACUUACAGUAGCUGCAGUGGUUUUGGAAGUUGGAGUGGUGUCCUUGGGAUUGCGGUGGUGAACAUGUCUUAGCUCUGUACACUUGCUGAAGCAAGAGGUUUGCUAGGGUGGGAUUGGGAAUAUGGGGUUGUGAAUUGUCUGUAGGUGGUUAUCUGCAGCGGAGCAUUUAUGCUAAGCAUAGUUAAUGUACAUUAGGGAGCUUGAGCACCCAGUUUCAAGUCAUUGCAUCUGAUUCACUUUUGUUAAGGUUUGCACUAUAACUUCAAUUGCAAUGUGCCCGACUGGAGUUCGUGUGUUAUUUUUGAUGAUA